CCUCUCUCAUCCACAAACCCCUAACCUCAGCCAUUGUCCGACCAGAUCGGUCCUGUCGCUGAAUAUAUAUCGCGAUUCGAUUUUCUUCCCUUGAACCUUGCCACCUACUGUAAUCAACGAUCGCAACUUGCCUUCAUCGGAAACGAGCAGUUACUUACGCACCGACCUACGAUCUACGACCACCCAUCAGAUCUCUAACAAGACCAUCACCUUGAUUAACACAUACACGACCCCCUCUUACGAGCCAACUGCAAACACUCCACCUCAAUCAAAUUCGCGCACUUAUUCCUAGUCCUUGCCACCCAACAACACGAACCACCUCAACCUUCACCCCAACCACAGUUCAGAGAGAAAAAAAAAAAAAAACAUGUCCUCCAACGUCGGCCUUUCCACCCCGCGCGGCAGCGGCACCUCGGGCUACGUGCAGCGCAACGCCGCAUUCAUCAAGCCGCGCACCACUGGCUACGGGCAGCCGUACCCGCCCGUCUCCGGCGCCAACUCCGCCGACUCCGCCGGCCGGCCCUUCAAGCAGCGGAUGCCCGAUCGGCAGAUCCUCGAGCAUGAUCGGCGGCGGGCGGUCGAGGUGAAGGUUAUGGAGUUGCGGGAGGAGUUGGAGGAGGAGAAUGAGCGGUUGGAGGAGGAGUUGGCCACGACGAAUAAGGGGAAGAAGGAGGAAGUAGAGAAGGGCGAGAAACGCGUGUUGUCCGAGGAGGAGAUCGAUGAACGGUGUGAGGAGCUGCGGGCUCGGUUGUUGAGGGAGUUGGAGGAGGAGGAGAAGAGGGCUGCGGAGAGGAAGGAGCGCGAUGGUGGGAGGGUAUCCAAUAAUGGUGGGAGGAGGUGGGGUAGGGAGAGGGAUAUGCCUCCUCCUUCUUCUUCGAGGAAACAGUUCAAGUCGUAUCAGGUUCAUGAGUUGGCUGAGGCUAAGAUUGAGGAGAGUGAGCGGUUGAGGAGGGCGCUGGGGAUUCGCGAGGAUAGGGAGACUGGGGAGAUCUCCGGGGGUAGGCGGAGGGAUUGAUUGAUUGAUCCAUUUGACUGUAGUUGCUUUUCCAUUGUUCUUGCUUUUCUGCCUUGGGUGGUCCCAAAUGGUAUAAGGUGGGUUGAUGGGCGUCGGGGCGUUGUGAACACUUAGGUUUUCUUUCACUACUUCUACAGUAGCAGGCAUUUUUACUGGACAAGUCUCGUGAUCGGAC